GCCACACCCCAUCCAGUCCUGGGUCAUAACGGAGCUGCUGCUCGCUGCCUCACUGCUGCCUCUCUUUAGGUUGACUCAUCAUGGCGCUGGUGUCUGAGUUUCUUGGCCAACUGACUCUCUCAUAUGGAGGAGGGCAUGAAGUAGAACUCAAGUACCCCACCGUGGUGCCGGCGAGAGACUUCGAUCCAGCCAGGGAUGCUGCUCGCAUUGAGACAGCCGUCAAAACAAAAGGUGUGGAUGAGCAAACGAUCAUUGACAUUCUGACCAGGCGCAGCUACGAGCAGCGCAGAGAGAUCGCCUUCGAAUAUGAACGCAUGGCCAAGAAGGACAUGAUCACAGCUCUGAAGGGGGCGCUCUCUGGCUCUCUGGAAGCUCUCGUCCUGGGUCUGAUGAAGUCCACCGCUCAGUAUGACGCAUCAGAACUCAAGACCUCCAUGAAGGGACUCGGGACAGACGAAGAGACGCUCAUUGAGAUCGUCUGUUCGAGAACCACAGACGAAAUGCUGGAGAUUAAGAGGGUUUACAAAGAAUUGUUCAAGAAGGACUUGGAGAAGGACGUCGCUGGUGACACCUCGGGAGCCUUUGCUAAACUUCUCCUUGCAUUGGUCCAGACAAAGAGAGAUGAACCAUCCAAUGUGAUCGACUACGAGAAGAUCGACGAUGACGCCAGAUCUCUGUAUGAAGCAGGUGUGAAGAGGAAGGGAACAGACGUGGCCACCUGGAUCACCAUCAUGUCUCAGAGGAGCGUCCCCCAUCUGCAGAAAGUCUUUGAGCGCUACAAGAGCUACAGCCCAUACGACAUGAAGGAGAGUAUCCGGAAGGAGGUGAAGGGAGAUCUGGAAAAGUCUUUCCUCACACUGGUUGAAUGCUUCCAGAACAAGCAGCUGUACUUCGCCAACAGACUCAGUGAGGCCAUGAAGACUAAAGGAGCAAAGGAGAAGGUGGUGACCAGGAUCAUGGUGUCGCGCUGUGAAGUCGACCUGAUGAAGGUCCGAACAGAGUUCAAGAGGCAGCACCACAAGUCCCUGUACCAGACCAUCGCUGAACACACUAAAGGAGACUACCAGAAGGCCCUGCUGAGUCUGUGUGGAGGAGACGACUGAGGACCUUUGAAGACUUUGCAAAUUGAAAUUUCUUGAAAGGACCUUUGUCUCUUCUACAUCUUCAUGCAGCUUCCGUCACAGAAAUAA